CUUGACUUGUCCACUACCCAACGCGGGUUGGUACAAAAGCUAUGAUUUAUCUUCGUUUCUUUAAAGCUAAAAUUAAUAAGACCCAACACCUCUUCCUUUUCGAUUUCUGAAUCUCCCUCUCCUGUCUUCACCACCAACACCAUGCCCAAACUUCUAUUACAGCCACCGCCAUCACACCACCACCUCUAUCUCCUCCUAUUGCUCCUCCCUUUUUAUAUCUGUUCAACCGAAGCUGCUGGGGCCAAUGGUUCUCAAAAAUUCAAGGAAGCUCCACAAUUCUAUAACUCUCCAAACUGUUUACUCCUCUCCUCCAACAAUAUGUGCUCCCAAGAAGCUGUCCACGUAGCUAUGACUCUUGACUUUCCUUACCUCCGGGGCACCAUGGCGGCGAUUCUCUCCAUCCUCCAACACUCCUCCUGCCCGGAAAAUCUCCACUUCCACUUCAUUUCCUCCCCCUCCUCCACCUCCCUCCAUGCUACCAUCACCUCCUCCUUCCCUUCCCUCCGCUCCCAAAUCUACACCUUCCACACAUCCUCCAUCUCUGGACUUAUCUCCACCUCCAUCCGAUCCGCCCUCGACUCACCUCUCAACUACGCCCGCAAUUACCUUGCCAAUCUCCUCCCUCCUUGCAUCAAGAAAGUUAUAUACUUAGACUCCGAUGUAAUUCUAGUAGAUGACAUUUCAGUGCUAGCUGCAACCCCACUUGGCAAAACUGCAGUCUUGGCGGCGCCGGAAUACUGCAAUGCUAACUUCACCUCUUACUUCACUCCCACUUUAUGGUCGAACCCAUCACUUUCGCUAAUAUUCGAGGGACGCAAUGCUUGUUAUUUUAACACAGGAGUUAUGGUGAUCGAUUUAGAAAGAUGGAGAAAAGGAGAUUACACGAAAAAGAUUGUUGAAUGGAUGGAAUUGCAGAAGAGGAUACGGAUUUACGUGCUGGGUUCACUGCCACCAUUUUUGCUAGUUUUUGCAGGGAAUAUUGCGCCUGUAGAUCACAGAUGGAACCAGCAUGGGCUCGGAGGGGACAAUUUUCAAGGACUUUGCAGAGAUCUGCAUCCGGGACCAGUCAGCCUCUUGCAUUGGAGUGGCAAAGGGAAGCCAUGGGCUCGCCUUGACGCCAACCAGCCAUGCCCUCUGGAUGCUCUUUGGGCUCCUUAUGAUCUGUUGCAGACACCAUUCACUCUUGAAUCUUAGAAAGUUUACAGAAUGGUAGAGAUAUAUAUCAAAUAACAAAUAUUAUUAUUAUUAUUUUCUUUAAGGUAAAAUUUUUGAGGUGUUCAAUGAAGGCAGAGGAAAGGUUGUGUAAUAUUGUGUUCAUAGGUUAUACAGCCAUUAAUAGACUUUGGAGCUUUCCUUGAUUUCUGGUUUUUUCUGUCUCUUCUGUACCUGAGAACAAUAUCAAUACAAACUAUAGAGGAUUUAUUCAA